UGGUUUUGAGUUCACUCAAUUCAAAAGAAAACGUAUCAAAAUUGAUCAGUGGGGGCUUACAACUCUUUAUAUAUAGGCCAUGGCUACCCUCUAUUGUAAGCUUUUCAAGGUACUGUGAGAGAGACAAAAGUGACAAUGCCUCUGGAGUCCUUGCGUCGCUUAUUUUGUCGCGUGAAGCUAUAUUUGGCUGUCAUUUUUUUGCAGUUUGGCUAUGCCGGAAUGUCCAUUAUUGCCAAGUAUGCUUUAGAUCAGGGGAUGAGCCAUUUUGUGUUCAUAGCCUACAGGAUGGCCAUUGCCUCUGUUGUUAUUACUCCUUUUGCCAUUGUUUUGGAAAGGACAUCAAGGCCAAGGAUGACCCUGUCCAUCUUCGUGAAGGCAAUGUUGCUGAGCUUCUUUGACCCUCUUCUUGACCAGAACCUAUUAUUUAUUGGGAUGACGUAUACCAAUGCCUCUUUCACAUCUGCCAUGUGCAAUACCAUUCCUGCAUUCGCAUUCUCAAUGGCUUGGGUUUUUGGGCUUGAGCAGGUCAAUACUAGGAGACUGCACAGCAAGGCAAAGAUAAUUGGGACCUUAGUGGCGGUUGGCGGAGCAAUGUUUAUGACUCUGUUUAAAGGAUCUGUGAUAAAUCCGCCAUGGACAAAUGGAAGAAACCCUCAUGAUCAUCCAUCUGCUAGACCUGCAUCCAAGGAAAAUGUCAUGAAGGGUGCUCUUCUGGUCUUAGGUUCUUGUUUCUUCUGGUCUUCCUUCAUGAUUCUACACGCAUUUACGCUUAGAUCAUACCCUGCCAAGCUCUCCCUCACAGCUUUGAUAUGCAUGUCGGCCACGGUGGAAUGCACCAUAGUGGCCUUGGCAUUUGAGAGGGGCAAUGCUGCAGUGUGGUCCAUUCACCGGGAUGCCAAAUUGCUAGCUUGUCUUUAUGCGGGAAUACUCUCUGGAAUAAGUUAUUAUAUCAUGGGGGUGGUAAUCAGGGCAAGGGGACCCGUCUUCUUCUCUGCUUUUAGUCCUCUAAGCACUGUCGUUGUUGCAAUUGUGGGCUCCUUCGUAUUAGCAGAGGAAAUGUAUUUAGGAAGGAUUAUUGGAGCAGUUAUCAUUGUGAUUGGGCUAUAUUUUGUUCUAUGGGGUAAGAGGGUGGAUCAGCCUGCAUCUACUGGCACUGCAGCACCAAACGAAGAACAAACGGCUACAUUUACCGAGAAUAUGGGGACUGCAAAUCGUGUAUUCGUUGAUGUUUCCAGCGUAGUACCGACGAAUGAACAUGAUUGAAGGGAAACAGCUUUUGGAAUUUGAGUUUUGUGUUGCAUGUAAUUCCAAGGCACUUUAAAAAUCCUACGUUUAUUACUUAUUAUCUUUUAUUAAUGAUUUCAGAAAUACGACUAGACGAUUCUCUUCUAUGAUCUUUGUCUUUCACAGACAUUCUCCACUUCCUUCCACAGGAUUUAAUGGAGCAGUAAACAUCUCAAUCACCAUUAAUCUCUUAUGC